AUGCUCUCCAUGGAGAAAGAGGAUGUGGUUCUUAUAACAGAUAAGAUCUGCAAUCAUGAGCAGGAUGGAAAUGAACUGCAGACCACACCAGAAUUCCGAGCACACGUUGCAAAAAAACUGGACACCAUCCUGGACAAUACGAUAACUCUCUCGACGUGCCUGUUGCGACUCCCGCGAGACGAGAACAACGUCUCCCUGGAAGAAGACAGUGGCUUUCGCCUCUUUUCCUCCUCUGUCCCAGGAGACGGUGGGGAACCAGAAGCUGCCCCUCGGAAACAGUCAGCGUUCCAGCGUUCCAACUCCAGCAUUGCUUGUGAUUCUUCCAGCAGCCUGGAAAGUGACCCAGAGUGGCAGAGAUGCCAAGAAGCUGCAGUGACAGCAGCAGACAUUCUGAAGCACAGUGGUCUGCCACCAACAGUGGCCCAGGACUCCGGCCAAACAAUAGAGGCCAGAUGGAAAAAAGUCAAGAAGAAGAAGAAGAAAGGGAAAAGAGAGGAAAGUGGCCAGCCAGAGGCCAUCGGAGCAGCAAGUAAUAGCCAGAACAAGGAGCCCUCAUGUCCCAUCAGUGCAGAGGCUGUCAGUUGGACAGAGAUAAUGCAGAGGAAGAGGAAGAGGAAAAGGAGGAAAACAGAAGCAGGAACAGAAUGACCCUCCCCCCAAUAUUUAAUUUGCCAGGGGAGUUUGCAUGCCAGCCUGUCAAAGUGGGCACCCCAACUGCUGCUUUCUCCAGUGAGCCCCAGUGGCUCUUGGAGCUGCAGGACAUCAGGGAGGGGCAGUGAAGACGGUGAGAGGGCAUGGAUGACCAGCUUUGUGGGAAACCUGGGGGAGCAGCCAGAGCAAUUUCUGUUUUCUUACCUGGUCCAUCUGAAGAAUGAUGUGACUCUGAUUUUGCAGAUAUGGUUCCAGUCUCUAUGAGAUGGUCAUUUUGUGAAUAGUCAAUAUACAAAACAAUAUUUUA